GGCUUCCUCCCGAGUGAGGGGUCCCGCCAACUGCCGACCGACGCUGGUUAGAGUGUAAAAUGGCAGCUGGGCUCUGGGAGUCGGCGGGGAAAGUUUCGCCCCCGGCAUCCUAAAAGUUCUGGCCGUCGAAUUAGCAAAGAAUCAGUCAAAGCUUUGUAGGACAACAGAAAGCCAGAUGUGUUUUCCCAAAGCUGGAUCACUGAAUUGAGCGUUCCACAUAUGCAUUCAAAUACAUCAUGUUUGAAGUUCAGUCCGACUGCCAGAGACAGUUUCAGGCUGCCGUGUCAGUCAUCCAGGCCCUGCCAAAAAAUGGCUCUUACCGUCCGUCCCAUGAGAAGAUGCUGAAGUUUUACAGUUACUACAAGCAGGCAACUGUAGGCUCUUGUAGCAUUAGCAGGCCUGGCUUUUGGGAUCCUGUCGGACGUAUAAAAUGGGACGCAUGGAAAGCUCUGGGGAACUUGUCAAAAAAAGACGCCAUGAUGACUUACGUCGAAGAGAUAAAGCAAACAGCACAGGAGGUUAUCGAUACGAUGUCAGGGACUGGAAGUGCAGAGCAGCAGUUCCAUCUGUUUGAGCCACUGUAUGAAGUUGUCAAGGACAUGCCCAGACCUCCAGGCUUCUCCCUGAAGAAGGUAUCAGGUGAAAAUGUUGAAGCUCCCCUGAUGUCGACUCCAGGUAUCAUGAGGAAUGGUAUGCUGAAAAACCACAAUAGCAGCACGGCCUCAGAGGAGCAGAGUGAUGAGGAGCAAGUUGUAGUAACAAACAGAAAAACAGUUCGAUUUCAUGAGAAUGAGGUCAGCCAAGAUGGUGAUGCUAACAAUGAGACAAUUCAAACCAAUGGCUUUUGUCCACAAGAUGGCGAUCUUGAUCCAGAGCUUGGGAUCUCUCAGAAUGACACAAUAGUGGAAAUUGUGAGGAAAAGGCAACUUCAGGAGCAUCCCUCACUACUUCAUGAUGUAACAGACAGUAGCAAGAGUUACACAGUGGAAGUAGCUGACCAGAAUCAUUUUACAAGUGACUCAGAAAGUGAAGUGUUCUGCGAUUCUGUGGAAGAACUAGACCAUGAGAAGAUUUCAGCAGUUCAGAGCAGCAGAUCUGUCGUGGAGUGUUCCCAAGAUCCGUUCGGUUUACAGGACACUGAGUCCGCCACAUUGCCCUGCAGUGUCGAUGUUUCCACGUGUAGGCCAAAUGCUUACCGGUCCGCGUGUGAUGACUUACCUCAGAACCAAGUGACACAAGCACGGGCAGCUAAUGGUGGCAGAGGGAAUGCACUGGAUGGGGGAAGUUGUGAGAAGAGAGAGACAACAUUUACUGGUCCACGAUCUGAAUCCGAAUGGUUGACCGAGGGAAAAGGCGUACAGCUGAUUCAAGGUGGAAGCUCACAGAGAAACAGGCCCAGGAGCAACACAGAGGCCAGUGAAAGAAGGGGACACCAAGAAAAGAGUGUAAUUAACCUCAAUGAUAAAAUUGCGAGAGUUCUUCAUCACCUACAGGAGGACAUGCAGUUUUUGUCACAGCGACUCAGCAGACUGGAGGACCUGACAACAUCUCAGGUGCAAACAGCUGGCUUACAACCUCCAUACUUGAAAACGCCUGGUCAUAAGAGAACUUCCAGGUGGGUGUUUGGUCCAUCGGGACGGACGAUGCUGUUUCUAGUUGUGUGGCCUUUCGUUGCUCAGUGGAUAGUGCAUGUUUUUCUUCGCAGAAGGAGGAGCUGAAAAAUUGCGCCAAACACAAAAACUCAAACCCAAUAUCACCACAAACGACCAUGAGAGGAUAAAAUAGUAUGAGGAAAGAGCAGAGGAGCAUCCAGUCUUUGAACUUUCAUUACAGACAUAGAACAUGUGAAUUACUAGUCCUCAAGCCCAGGGAAAGAACAUGGGUUCAAGACCAACAGAAGGAAGGCACAAUCGUUGAAACAACUCCACAGUCAAGAUCAUACAAAAUUGAGUCAGAAUUGAGUAUCAUAAGAAGAAACUGAAGCCCUUGAUAUCCCUGGAGAGAAAGCCAAUAGAACUUUGGGCUUACUAUUCAAAUCUUGAUGAAAAAAAAACUACUACAAACUCUACAGCCACCCAGGAGAAGAUCACACACACUGACAGAAAGAAGAGUACUGGAUAUCCUCGACGUCAGGGAGAUUGGCCAACGAACCUCAGAAACUAACCCUGUGAAGUCUGAGGCUUUGGGGGAGAUGUAGGAAGAUGUAACUAUGGUAGGGAUAAAGACAUUGGGGAAAUGUAAAGAGUUAAAAUCAGAAGCAUACAUGAUGCCGAUGUAAUAAUGAUGUCAGAUCACAUGACUGAGAAGUUACCGAGAUCUGGAAGAGAAGCUCCAACCUCCUGUAGAGGUCCAAAUUUGUAAAUUCGUGAUGCAAAUAAAGCGUAAUGUUUUUGAGAAA